CGCUAAAUGGGCAAAACAGGAAAGCAAAUCAAGUCAUUCGGCAGUAAGAAAGAUAAAAGAGGAAAGCAGAAGUGGACAAAGAAAGCCAAAGAAAAACGCAAGCAAAAACUAGCACAACAAACCAGAACUUACGAACGUGCUGCUCCUGAAGAUGAAAUUAAGGAGCAUGAAGACCUUAUUAAAUUUGAUGACGAUGAAGAUGUUCAGAGCAGAUCUGAAGACCUCAAUGACAUCCAGAGUGAUAUCGGAAUGGAUCUCUCUGAUCAAGAUGAAGUCGAAAACCAGGAGCUUAGCGAAGGGGACGAGGAUGUUGAUAUUGAAAAGGAACUCCUCCUUGAUUACCAAGAAGAUCCAACCAAAAAGAGAAAAUCAAAGAAGGUUUCGGAGGAAGAAGACGAAGACAUCCAAGAAAUGGAUGAAAUUUUAGACGAUAAGUCUUCAUCUAAAACUCAGCAAAUCAGGAAGCUGCUGGAAAUAGUUGAUGAUGAGAGCAAAAUCACCACUUCUAUAGCAGCCAGACUUUUGGGUUUAUUCAGAAUGACCAUUAAGAUUUCUACUGAUAACUCGAAGAAGGGAAAGGACGAGCAGGAAGAUGAAGAACAGAAGCAAAAAGUCAAAACUAAGGAUAAAGAAACUGAGAUUAUUCUAUCCUCAAAUCCAACACUAUAUAAACAAGUGAUUGAAAUGUCUGUGACUAAGCUUCCAAAGGUACUUCUUAAACUCUUCAAAGAAGAGAUCAACUUGGACGAGCUAACUGAGGAGAACUAUAAGAAGAUCAAGAGACUGUAUGCCACAGCUAAGCAGACACAGACUAUUUUGAUGAGAUCCUUUAUUUCUAACUACUUGAAGCUAUUGAAAGGUGGGUCUGAGCCUGAAAGCAUCCAAAUGUUUUUGUGCUGUGUCGUAGAUUGUGUUAAGUUUGCAUUCCCAUUCCAGGUAUACAGGAAAAUCUUUACUAAAACUCUCUGUGAUAUCAUGUGCAGGUACUAUGAAGUGAGAAGUGAAGUUAUCUUGGUCUGCUUUGAUGCUCUUAGGAAGUUAAUCAUGUGGAAUGAGUUCGUAAAGGAUGAUUUAACCACAUAUGCAUAUAAGCAGUUCCUUAAUGCAUUCGGGGAUCACUCUAGAAUUGGAGGUGCAGGAGCAACAAAAGCAAAAACAAGAGAGAAUCUUAGACUCUUGGAAAAUUGUUUCUGCGAACUCUUAUCCAUUGAUUAUAUAGCAGCAUACCAAGUUGGAUUUGGACUUAUCAGAAAGCUGGCUUUGGUGUGUAGAUCUGUUAGGAAAGAUUUCAAUGAAAAAGAAAUGAGAAGGAUCAUUAAUUGGCAGUUCCAUCACUAUUUACACUUGCUCAGUGUUAUAUUGUUCACUCUGACAUUAAAAUCAACUGAAUUAGAACUCUUGAUAUACCCUUACAUCCAAGUAUGUAUUGCAACAAUGGGUAUUACUAUGAAAACUACAAAGAACUUCCCUUUCACAAUUAAAAUUUGUAAAAUGCUGAACAAUUUGAACAAGGUUGCUCCAAAAGUGUACAUUCCAGUGGCUCAAUACAUUCUUCAUUUGUUCACAGGGACUGAUGACUUUUUAAACAGAAAGACCAAAUCAGCAAAAGAGGCACUCCCAAACUUCGAAGUCGCUCUCAAGCUGAGUAAAGAUUUCUACGAUAAGACUGAGACUAAAGAUUAUGUCUUUAAAUCUUGUAUUGAGGAGCUAAAGAACCAUCUAGAGAUUAUCAAGCGGUCCAUGUCUUUCCCUGAGCUGGUGAUUCCUAUCUGCCACACUUUGGGACAGUUCAAGAAAAGAUGCAUUAAUCCUCCUUACUACAACAUUAUUCGUGAACUGUAUGGAAAGAUCAGGAAGGUCACAGACAAACUACAGGAGUACAGAAAGAGCGUAGACUUGACUAGUAUUGAAGGAUGUGAGGAAGCAUCAGCAAAACUUGACCUUGGCAAUUGAUUUACAAAAACACAGCAAACUAUCAUCACUGAGGAUUUUGAAGGCUAAAAGUUUCAACUUGA